AUGAAUGCAUUCAGAAAUGCUGAGAUGUAUAUGACUGGAGUAUGGGGGAUGGGCGGCGUGGGCAAAACCACACUGAUGAAACAAGUGGCAGAACAAGCUAAGCAAAAGAAGUUGUUCACAACAGAAGUCUACAUAGAUGUAUCCUGGACUCGAGACUCCGACAAACUUGAACAAGGAAUUGCUAAAAUUCAACAACAAAUUGCAGACAUGUUAGGCUUGGAAUUUAAGAGGAAGGAUGAAUCCACAAGAGCACUUGAGCUAAAGACGAGACUGAAGGAAGUGAAGACCCUUAUUAUCUUAGACGACAUUUGGGAGGAAGUUGGUUUGAAGGAAGUCGGAAUUCCUUGUAAAGAUGAUAAGACGGAAUGA